CCGCCCCUGCCGGCUCGCCGCGCUCCUGCCUGCCGGGUGGUCCUCACUUCCCUUUCCACAGGCUGGCGCCUGCCCCUAGCGUUUCUGAGUCUCUGCUCGCGCACGUCGCGGGAUCCAUGCCGCAAUCCACGGCCAGGCCUACGAGGCUGAGGAGCUGGGCGACCUCCCGGCUCUUCGCUGCCGUUAUUUUACUUAACCUGGCUGUCUGUAAAGGAUUUGUAGAAGAUCUAAAUGAAUCAUUUAAAGAUAAUCGAAAAGAUGACAUUUGGCUUGUUGAUUUUUAUGCACCCUGGUGUGGCCAUUGUAAAAAACUGGAACCAAUUUGGAAUGAAGUUGGACUUGAAAUGAAAAGCAUUGGUUCUCCAGUUAAAGUUGGAAAAAUGGAUGCUACUUCCUACUCUAGCAUUGCUUCAGAAUUUGGAGUUCGAGGUUAUCCAACAAUUAAGCUAUUAAAGGGGGACUUGGCAUAUAAUUACAGAGGACCACGGACUAAAGAUGAUAUCAUUGAGUUUGCCCACAGAGUGUCUGGAGCUCUGAUUCGGCCACUUCCAAGUCAACAAAUGUUCGACCAUGUACAGAAGAGGCAUCGGGUAUUUUUUGUUUAUAUUGGUGGAGAAUCACCCUUGAAAGAGAAAUACAUAGAUGCUGCAUCAGAAUUAAUUGUAUAUACAUACUUCUUUUCUGCCUCAGAAGAUGUGGUUCCUGAGUAUGUGACACUGAAAGAGAUGCCCGCUGUGCUUGUUUUCAAAGAUAACACUUACUUUGUUUAUGAUGAGUAUGAAGAUGGGGACCUGUCCUCAUGGAUCAGCAGGGAGAGGUUUCAGAACUACCUUACCAUGGAUGGCUUCCUUUUGUAUGAACUUGGAGACACAGGAAAGCUUGUGGCCAUUGCAGUUAUUGAUGAGAAAAACACAUCACUUGAACAUACCAGAUUAAAGUCAAUUAUUCAGGAAGUUGCUAGAGACUUCAGAGACCACUUCCACAGAAAUUUUCAGUUUGGCCAUAUGGAUGGAAAUGACUAUAUAAAUACUUUGCUGAUGGAUGAAUUGACAGUCCCAACCAUAGUUGUACUGAAUACUUCAAAUCAACAAUACUUUUUGCUAGAUAGACAUAUUAAAGAUGCCAGUGAUAUGGUCCAGUUCAUUAACAGCAUUUUGGAUGGUACAGUGCCAGCCCAAGGAGGUGAUAGCAUUUUGCAGAGAUUGAAAAGAGUAAUGUUUGAUGCCAAAUCUACAAUUGUGUCUAUAUUCAAGAGUUCUCCACUUUUGGGCUGCUUUCUCUUCGGCCUGCCACUUGGUGUCAUCAGCAUUAUGUGCUAUGGAAUCUACACAGCUGACACAGAAGGAGGCUAUAUAGAAGAGCGAUAUGAAGUGUCCAAAAGUGAAAUGGAAAAUCAGGAACAAAUAGAAGAGAGAAAAGAGCAGGAGUCCAUCAGUGGAGAAUCUCUAGUGCCUACUAUGCAAGAACCCAAGGAUGUAUUAGAAAAGAAGAAAGAUUGAGACUUCGGAGGAAAAAAAUUGAUAGGAUUUCAAAUUAUUAAAGAGUAUUUAUUGAAUUUAGAGAUUUAAUCAUGAGCUAUUUACAGAAGAGAACAUGUUACUUGUAUUUUGCUAAUAACAACUGCAUGAAUUAAAGUAAUCCUUCCAUAAGUGGGAACUUAUUUGGAGCACAGAGAUGAAGAGUUUGUUUAAAACAAAACCAGAUCAUUGUGUCUGUUUACCUUAAAGAUACUCAUUCUGUUCACACUCCUUUGUGUGCAUGUUCUAUGACAAAGUUAAAAAAAACUUGGACAGAAUAUUAUCUUGACAAUUGGGGUGGAAGAUAUGUGGUUUUGCGGAGUGAAAUAGUGUCCCACCUACUAUGUCAAGUCUCCUAUAUUUUGGAUAAAAUUUAUAUAAACAAAUUAAGUCUUUAAAAUUUAGAUGUUUUAAGAGAAACUACUAACUUUUUCCAUAUAUAAAAAUUUAAGAUUCUGGGUUUAAAAAUAGUGAGGUUUUUAUAUAGCAUAGUGAUUUUUAUUUUACUAGUUGUUUUUAAAGGAGAAAUGUUACUUUUUUACUUAUACUCAGUUGCAUUAUUAUAAUACUGGCUUUUGGUCCCAAGAAGUGGGGAAAGAAUCUUUGACCUUUACAGAAUGACCAGGGUAUGCGGGGAGUGGUGACUUUAGCCCCUGCUCUAUGCUGCUCAGCAGGGUGCACUGUCCAUCACUGCAAGAAGUAGAAGCCCUUUUAGUUCACCUUGCUUUUAACCAAAACAACCUAGUAUUUUGUUCUUUUAUUUUAAUUUUAUAGUGUGACAUUACUUUUAAAAUUUCUAUUAAGAUUGUUUUCAGAAGUAAUAAAUCACGUUUUUAUGAUAUAUAAACUAAUAAUUUAAAAAUUACUGCCACACCUCUGUUGUGGGAGCCCAUGAUAUGUCAGUGAUACAAUCAGCAUAUUAAACUUGGAUGACAGGAACAAAGCGAUCCACAUUCCCUCCUCUAGCCUCUCAACUUUGCCUCCGUGACAUUCAUGACCUCUCAUCUUUGAUCAGAAUGCAGUCUAAGACUGUCUAAGAGUGGGUAUUUUGUGAUAACAUGUUUACUAAACAUUAAUUUGUUCAUUUUGAAGCCUUCAUUUUAGCUCAUCUCAGAAUUUUUAUUAGAUAAUAUUUAGGUGGCUGUUCUUUGAGUAAUUUAGGAUUUAUUGAAAGCAUCUAAACAUUUGCAAACAUGGUUUGUAGUUCUAACACUUAUGUUACUUAGGGCUUCUUUGGUAACCAGGGGAGUUCCUGGCUUCUGAUGCAAUAUUAAUCAGCACUGAACUGAAGCUGUCUGUAGAGCCAGGAAAUUGUUAGUCAUAGUUUGUAUCCAGGUAUUCUUUUCAUAUUUUCAAAAACAUCUAUUUUUAAUAUUUAAUCACCCAUAAUUAACAUUAUUGAUAGUGGUAUAAAUAUAAAGUCACAGGAAAUUUCAGAAAAUACAAAAUAUUUUCAAAUGGAAGCUGGAGGUAAACACUGUUAAUAGUUGCUGUGAAAAGUAAACUCCUCCAAAGAAUAAAGACUUUGGGAAGACCUCAUGAUACUUGUCCAAAUGGUUAAUUCUUUUUGCAGGAGGAAAGACCUGAAGUUUAUACAAGAUGAUUCGUUUACCACUAAUAAAUUUUAUUAUUGUCACCACUAUCAAAAGUUAUGUGUAUUUUGUCUUAUCAAUCAUAAUUUGUAAAUAAGUUCUCAGUAGGAAAAAAGAUAAGGCACAGCUUUGUAUCAGUAAACAGAAACACAGAGGUAGUUUUGGGGAAUUUUGUUUGGUUGGUUUUUGUUUUUUUCAUUUGUUUUCUUUGUUUUUGGCAAUGCUUUUCUUGAAUGAGUAUUUUGGUUCUGUAUUGUGAAACAACUUCAUACUGAUCCUCAUUCUAUUUGUACUUUCAAAAUGUUUUCAUUGAGGAAAAAAACAGUGUGUAAGUGGUUUAUAAGUGAAUAGUUUCAUUUCUUCUUGUAUUAAACUUAUACUUUUUGCUUAUUCUUAAGGAUAUUUUUAUCUGCAUUGUCAGGUUGCUCACAUAACAAAAUUUAAAGUUUGUUCAUGCAUGUGUUUUUCUCUUUGAUGUGUUAUUCUAAAUAAUGUUUGCUUACCAGGAGAACAUACUACAGAAUCAAGGCAGCUUCUUCAUAAUCUAGGAAAAGAUUGAUCCUCUAAUUCAGUGAUAAGUUCCAUGGUUAAAUACCAACAAAAGAAUCCUUUCAGGAAAUUGGAAUUCCACCUUUUCUUUCCAUGUGUAAAGUUCUGAUUUUCGAAAUUCAAAAAUUUAGCUCUUUGGUGCUCAAACAACAUUCAAGAGUAUUCCGGAGAAUGUUCAUGCUUAGUCCAGCAUCUCUUUCUGAAAUGCUUUAUUGUGUAUGUCAAUAGUUUUGUACCUUCUAUUGUUUGAAACUUCUUUGAGAUUUAUUAAAUAUAUAGGUUUUGUUUUCCUCCUCUCUUUAAAGGACAUUUGGACCUGGUUUAGAAAUGCCAAAUAAGUAAAGAUGAUGGAAAGGACUCUUAAGAGCUGAAGCAAUUGCGUCUGUUGUUUCUGUUUCGUCCAUCUUAUUGCCCAUGAUGUUUCUAAGAUUUUGACUUGGUAGCUCUUGGUUUUAAAAUAUUUUCAUCAGUGUUUUCUGGUGAAAUGGACAGGGAAAAAAAAAUCACUCAGCUAUUCUUAUGUAGAUAUUGUUAAGCCAGUAUAAGAUGUUAAGAUUUAAGUGGAGGGACUGAGUUGGUCAUUUUAUUUUUUAUGAAUAGAUAUUUUUUCUGAAUGUUUCUGAGUCCCAAGAAUGAGCAAAAUAAUAAUAGUAAUUUUCUAGUUUGAACUAAGCUAUAAAGGUUUUUGAAAGUCUGUAUUACUACUAACUUGUUGAAUUGUGAUAAUAUGCCUUAUGUCAUCAAUUGCAAACUUUUCUUUUUCUAAAAUAAAUAAAUUAAAAACAUGA